AUCGAAAAAAUUCAUGACAGCUGUUCAGUUUGAUAACUUUGCACGAGAACGUUCCGUCGUAAAAUUGUUAAAUCUACUGAAAUUUUCAUUUCUUGUUUUAUUUUUCUAUCUACAAAAUGAGUCAAUUGGUUGCCAAGGCCCAGGCCCUAGCCAACAAGUUAGUUGUGGCAGCACGUCCGCAGCUUGAAGAAUUCUGGAAGUACGCCAAGGUGGAGCUGUCGCCUCCGUUGCCCGCUGAUUUCCAGAAGUUAAGGAAGACCGCCGAGAGCGCCAAGAACGUCGCCAAGAAGGAUGUGAUGAAGAAGUCGGGAUUUUCCCAGAUCACCGUCAGCGAGGCCUGGCUAAAUGUUCUGGUCACCGUGGAGGUUAUUACCUGGUUCUACAUGGGCGAGGUCAUCGGUCGCCGUCACUUCGUCGGCUACAAGGUCUAAACUAAACUGAUCUAAUACUUUCCUUAUUGUUUUUCGUUGUAUGUAUGCAAAUAGCUCUUUGCUUUAUGACCAGGUGCACUGAAUAAAGGUGCACUA